CAAUUAAACGAGUGCUCGAUGGACUUGGCGCCGUGCGCAUAAUUGUCAUAGUUAACUAUAAUCGUUAUCAGUGAAUACCGUUGCAGUUGCAUAACUUGUCAGUGCCAAAAAAAAGCUGAAUUGCAGAAGAAUUUGCACCGCUGAAAGUUCUCUUGGACCUGGUGAAAUAAUUAAGAAAAGUUUAAACCAAUACCAAUACAAAUCCAUUGGGAUAAGCCCCGGUCGGGCCCCCCGGCCCACGCCAGCUUUUGGGCCCGCCGUCCACCUACGCGCUACGUCGCGUCGUCGUGCCUUCAAAAGUAGUUUUUUGUGCUGCCUGUUUUUGUAAAUCUCAAGUGCGCGUUAAUUAGUGGCUAUUUAAUCAAUCACUGAUUGAAUAUUAAGUGACGGAAGAGCGUGAGAGAGCGAGAGCAUGGCUCAAAACAAGGCAGAUACUUUCAUUCAUUUGAUUGCCGGCGGAUCCGCUGGCACCGUUGGAGCCGUGGUAACAUGCCCCCUGGAGGUGGUCAAGACGCGUCUGCAAAGCUCGACGGCAUUCAUGACGCCAUCCUCUAGGCUCGUGGAGCCAACGGGGAGUGGACCGGCCAAUGGCGGUCCCUCUGAGCUGUUGAGGCCGGAACAACGACGUAAGCUAAGCACAACGAUAUUACGUAACAGAUCACAGCCACAGGUGAUUGGGGGUGUGCGUAGGAUUAUGGCCAUUUCCCAUUGCGGCAUCUCAUCGACAACCCCCAAAUCCAUGAGCAUCAUCCAGUGUCUGCGACACAUUGUCCAGAACGAGGGUCCACGUGCCCUGUUCAAAGGUCUUGGUCCGAAUCUCGUAGGCGUUGCGCCCUCUCGUGCCAUUUACUUUUGCACCUACUCACAGACCAAGAACUCGCUCAACAGUUUGGGUUUCGUUGAACGUGACUCCCCGCUGGUGCACAUCAUGAGUGCGGCCAGUGCUGGCUUUGUCUCAUCCACGGCCACUAAUCCCAUUUGGUUUGUGAAGACCCGCAUGCAACUGGACCACAACUCCAAGGUGCAAAUGACAGUGCGGCAGUGCAUCGAGCGUGUGUAUGCUCAGGGCGGUAUUGCGGCCUUCUACAAGGGCAUCACGGCCAGCUACUUUGGCAUCUGCGAGACCAUGGUGCACUUUGUCAUCUACGAGUUCAUCAAAUCCAAAUUGUUGGAGCAACGCAAUCAGAGGCAAACAGACACCAAGGGCUCGCGGGACUUUUUGGAGUUCAUGAUGGCCGGUGCCGUCUCGAAGACAAUCGCCUCCUGCAUUGCGUAUCCGCACGAGGUGGCACGUACUCGGCUGCGCGAGGAGGGCAACAAGUACAAUUCCUUCUGGCAGACACUGCAUACGGUGUGGAAGGAGGAGGGCAGACCUGGACUGUAUAGAGGCUUGGCCACGCAGCUGGUCAGACAGAUUCCAAACACGGCAAUCAUGAUGGCCACCUAUGAGGCGGUUGUCUAUGUGCUGACGCGUCGCUUCAAUAACAAAUCGAACGAGUUUUACGAUUUUUAGAGGAGAGAAAGCACCCCCCAAGCACUCACUCCCAGGAGCGAUAGACGGAUGGAUAGUUAACAGUGAAGAAGGAGAUGGAGAAGGAGAAAGAGGAGAGAAACCCAAUCUGUGCAUAUGUAGACGCGACUGCUGCAACUUAAUUGUAAUUGUAAUCCUUUUUCUAGACGAUCGAAACCAACGAGCGCAAAUUUUUUAGUUAACUAGCUUCUAAGGCAAAUCCAAAACAGAAAAGAGAAAACAAAAUGAAAAUGAAAAUGAAAACGAACUCGAGAGACUUGAAAGAGACGUUGACGUUGAACGUUGGCCAACGCAAAACACGCACCACGUACACUACACCACGAUUUCCAUAACACAAUUUAUUUGCUAUUUGCUAUAUAAUUGCUAUAGAGUCAAGUACAAUCUGCAGUAUAUGGAGGCCAAAAAAAGCAACGACUUAAGCUCGAUUGGAUUCGGCAAAAAAGUUAUCAAAAUUUAAAAAGGCUGCUAUUUAGUUAAAGAUACAAUAUAUGUAUGUAUAGAA